AUGUGGCUUUUCCCCGCGCCCCCCUGCCCCCCCAAGCCUCUGCAGCGCCGGGGGACAGCCCUCCCACCCCGCACUGCUUGCAAGCGGGCUCUGCAGCACCCCACGGCCGCGCUCGAGCACCCCACGCCGGGGCCGGCCCGCCCACCCGCCUCUCCCUCCCCGACAGAGACGGUGCGCGCCAUGACCCACGUCAUCAACCAGGGGAUGGCCAUGUACUGGGGCACGUCGCGCUGGAGCUCCAUGGAAAUCAUGGAGGCCUACUCCGUGGCCCGGCAGUUCAACCUGAUCCCGCCCAUCUGCGAGCAGGCCGAGUACCACAUGUUCCAGCGCGAGAAGGUGGAGGUGCAGCUGCCCGAGCUGUUCCACAAGAUCGGAGUGGGCGCCAUGACCUGGUCCCCGCUGGCCUGCGGCAUCGUUUCUGGAAAGUACGACGGAGGCAUCCCGCCCUACUCCAGAGCCUCCUUGAAGGGCUACCAGUGGCUGAAGGACAAGAUCCUGAGCGAGGAGGGCCGGCGCCAGCAGGCCAAGCUGAAGGAGCUGCAGGCCAUCGCCGAGCGCCUGGGCUGCACGCUGCCCCAGCUGGCCAUCGCCUGGUGCCUGCGGAAUGAGGGCGUCAGCUCGGUGCUCCUGGGGGCGUCCAGCGCAGACCAGCUCAUGGAGAACAUCGGCGCCAUCCAGGUCCUUCCCAAACUGUCGUCUUCCGUUAUCCACGAGAUCGACAGCAUCCUGGGCAAUAAACCCUACAGCAAAAAGGACUACCGGUCCUAAGAGGCCGGCCGCCGCCCGGACACUGGCGCCUCCCUCCUCGUCCGUCCGCUCGCUUAAGCUGUUGCAAGGCCAAGUCCAGCGUGGCUGCACCCGAGAACAGCGCCACAUGGCCGCGGAAGACCUCACUGUCACCCGAGACCCCUGCUGCUUCGCAGGGCGGUGGCGGGUGGCCGGAGGUGGCUCCGUUAGCAAGGACGGUCAAGCGCCCGCCCACGCCUCGCCUCUGCUCGCCCUUCCAGAAGAAGCGCCCCCGCUCCCGGCCGGCCGCGCCAGCAGCCCAGGCACAGACACGCCUCUCCCUGCCCAGCCGCCUGGUGGGGGGAGGGGAAGAGGAGGGCCCUGGGCCCUGGGGCGGGGCAGGGCUCCCCUGGACAGCCCUCCCGCUCCUGCUGCCCAGGGCCAGGGCCCCGGGGCUGGCCUGACCGCCCGCCCUCCCCCAAGGGUCCUGUGCCUGGGACCUGAGGGGCCUCCGCGGCCCUUGGCCCCCACCGGCGCUGGCAGGGCCGGGGUCUGCAGUUUGGGACUCCCCAAAAGUUUGGGGGGCUGAGCUCACAUUCACUGUCCCACCUCAUCCCUCCCUGCACACAAACGAUGAGCCGGACCCUUGGCAGGGGUGACUCCAGCCGCUGCCUCCCUGCCGGGUGCCCAGUGCUCUGCCCUCACCCCGCCCAGCUCGUGCCUGCUUCGUGGCCACACCGGGGCUCGGGCUGAUAGCCGCAGCAGGCACGCCCGCCCGCCUGCCUCUGCUGGGCUCUGCCCCGUGGGCGCCUGGGGGCCCUCCAGGGAGGGAGGAUGGGGGUCUCCAUGCUGCAGCAGGGCCGGGCGGGGUCUCUGAGCAGCAGCCACCGUCCCACUGAGCAGGCAGGGACCAGGGAGAACCCCAGACAGCUGCCCCUCCCAGGCCUCAGAGGGGGUGAGGCCCUCUGUCUCAGGGGGGCUAAGCAGGUGCUCAGAGCCUGGCAGACGGGGAGCCAGGCCCUCUCCACUCCCCCCAGCGGGUGGGGUCUGCCACCUCCGGCCCCAGCCCGCGCCCUGAACAGGCCAGACCUCGAGGGGGGACGAGCAGGCGGGACCAGCCCGUUGGCAGGGGCCAGGCUGUGCCUGCCGCUCCAGGGCCCCCUCGCGCCUCCCGCCACCCGGCCCGCCCCGUCGCCCAGCAGCAGCAGGCACUGUGGACCGUGCCUGGCCCUUCAAGCAGCAGUGUCCGGGGCCCCCACCAUUCUCCGGGACUGCCGGCCGGUGCUGGGGGUCGGGUGGGUGGGCAGCUUUAAGCCGCAGAGGCGGGGAGCAGGACAGCUUCUUUCACUGCAGCCCUCUGUGCUGACCCUGGCUUCCAGAAGCGUCCCUUCCUGCCCACCAGGCCGGAGCUCUCCGCCACCAGUCUCCUGCCGGCUUCGGAGCUGCGCGGAGGGUGUGGACUGCCUGCCCCAGCGGCGCCCCGGCCCGGCCCCGGCACGCGAGUGCAGCUGGGCCCCACCUGCGGGCCAUGCUAAGGCGCCAGCCUGCCCCCUGCCAGGGAGAGCCGCUGUCCCCCAGUCCUGCCCAGAUGGACCAGGGCGUGGAGUGGGGCCGGGGGCUCCCCGGCAGGGAGACCAGGGCCCCGGGGUGAGCUCGGCUGAGGGCAAACACCCGACGCCAGUACCAGGCACGGCGGGCCGAGGGCAGCCUGGCUCCGGCGUCGUUUUCCAGACCCACUGGCAGGGACGAUCGGUGCCCUUCCUGGGGGUGGGGCUGGUCAUUUGGGGGGGCUGGGGGGGGAGGGGACCGGUUAGGCCGGAGGGAAACCAAGGGCUCAGUCUAGAAUCCGAGGGCUGAGCAGGGCUCGCCCCUGGGGGCGGGCGCCCUGGUGGGCGGCGGGAAGCUCAGUCUGCCCUGGAGCAGAAGUGCGAGACCUGGGGUGGGGUCCGUCUUCCUCGCUCAGACAUCUGAGCCCCGAACCCACCCACCCCACCGCCAGCCUGCGUCCGGGAACUCGGAGGGGCUGUGGGCGACCCCGCCAUGUAAAUAGCGCUUUCUCGCUCCUCUGGCUCUGCCGGCCGGCUACCGGCUACCGCGCCCCACCAGGCCUCCUGCUUCCAGCGACCCUCAGCGGACACUCAGCCUCCGUAUUUAUGGAAUGACAAAAUAAAGCCCAAGUUCACCAGG